UGCUCCGGUGGUCGCUGGUCCAGGGCGAGAUGUCCCAGGGGGACCCCCAGGAGUGCGCAGAGCGUGCGGAGCCCGAGCCCCGGCCCCCCGCGGAGAAGACCAGCGACUUCUACCGCGUGAGCGAGGACCUUCCCGCCAGGUUCAACAACCCCGCGUGCUUUCGGGGCUACAGCACCGGACUGCGGGCCGGGCUCACAGGCACAGGGCCCCCUGGCAGGACGCCCGCCGGCGGGGCAGGGCCCACCUCUAGGCUUCGGAGGGCCUCCGAGGUCCCUCUGCAGACAGGACUGCUCCGAGGUCUCACAUGCUCGGCCCGCGCGGCCGCCGUGCGGCUGCCCUUCUGCACAGAGGGGACGAGGCUCAGAGCUGGCAGCGGCGCCGCGGGCCAGCUGGUCACUGCAGAACACGGCCCCUCAGGCCCGGGGCCAGCGGUGGGGCUGGCUGCCCACUGCGGGGCAUGGGAGGCGCCCUGGGCCGCGUGCUCCCUGGGAGCGGGAUGCCGGCUCCCCCCACUCCUGCUCCUCUUCCAAAAGCACCCGCGGCCCGCCUCGGUCCGCCUCCGCCCCGUCUCGCCCUCGCAGAAAGUCUUCUACCCCAGUUCGAGCAAGUUCUCCAGGCAGCUGGCCGCCGGGGGCAUGUUCCAGAGCAACUCACUCAACGUCUGCAUGGACAAGAGCUCGGUGACCGGGCCCGGCAACCGCGUCACCCGCUACGACCGGCUCAACUUCCACCCCAGCUACAACGCCCGCCAGCCGUCCAUCUGCAGCUGACCGCCGGAGCCCGGGCUCGCCCGGCCGGGCCGAGGCCUGGGCUGGAGCUGGCCUCCCGCGAGUUGGUUUUCCAUUAAAAAUGUUUCC